AUGUCCUCAAGCUCGGGGACACCGUAUAUCUUCUCACCCGCGGACCACACCCACUUGAUCCCCUACUUGGCAGCACUACAUGCCGGCUGCAUCAGCUCAGACCGGACUCUCGCGACCUUCUUGCCUCCUCUGUCACACGAGAAGCUUUUAGGAUGGUGGAAGGAGCGCAUAGCAGAAGUGACUGCAGGCACCCGCAUGAUGUUGAUCCUCCUCGACGAAUCCGACCCGGGCAGCAAGUUCAAGGGCACCGAGCUCAUGGGCGUCGUGAUGCUCUCCAUGCCCUACUCCGAGACGGGCCCGUUCCGCGGCUUCGUCGAGAAGCUUCUCAUCAGCCCCAAAUUCCGCCGGCGUGGUGGCGCCAGGAUGUUGAUGAGUGCUCUAGAGGGUGAGGCUUUCAGGAGGGGGCGAACGCUGUUGAUGCUUGAUACCGAGGUGGGCAGCCCGGCAGAGGAUGUCUGGAGAAAAUUCGGAUACGUCGAGGUCGGCAGAAUUCCAAACUACGGCAUCAGUCCGGCCGUUCCACGACAGUUGAAGGAUCAGGUUUUCUUCUACAAGCAGCUCUCGACGUAG